AUGGAGAAUGAAGAAGUGGACAGGACACUUGAUGCCACAAAGUUGUUGCUUGAUGCUUUGGAACAGGACCCAACCCUGCUACAAGAUGAGUAUUUCAUGCAAAAGCUUUGCUACUUACGCGAUCAGCAUCGCCACACAACGAGAUACUUGAGAAGAGCUAGGCGCACUCUGGCCGACCCAAAGCCGAGCACUUCCACGGAUUUUGUCGACGAGCCGCCCACAGUGAAAUACGUGGCUUCGCUAUAUGAAAAUGAUCAUUUGAGUCCAAAAAAUCGUGAAGCAAUCGAUGAUCUUGAAUAUAAUGGGAAUCAUUCCAAAUCCUCAGAAGACCUUUGGCAUUCGCAGAGAAAUCGAUCCGAUGAGAACUCUGAUGUCAGAAAACGGAGAAGAAAUGGGCCAAUAGCCACCACCUCCUCCAUAUACUCCCAGCGACGCCUGGACGAAUAUGGGAGAAAUUUGGAGGUUCAAGGAAAAGCGAAAAGUCUUCAUGAUUUGCGCUCGAAAACGGAUCGCCCAAAAUGGACGCCUGCUGUCACCGUGCCACAACCGUUUUCGAUGAGCGAAAGAGAACCCAAAAAGAAUAGCUAUUCGACGAAAUUCCUCGACGAGUUGCGAGCCGAAAAGGAAAAGAAAAAUUUGGAAGAGGAAGAAGCAUUGAAAAUGAUUCCAAAAUUCAAAGCGAAACAACCGCCAACCACUACGUAUGUUCCUGAUAAUUUUCGUGUUUUCGAUGAGAAGUACAUUGAGACAAUACGAAAGAAAACGAAUGCCAACCUCCGUGCCCGUCAAAUGGGGAUGAAUGGAAGAGCGAAAUCGGCGACGGAGUUGAGUGAAAAUGCUCCAAGAAGAGCUCGUCCAGUCCCUCUCAGCACUUAUGUCUCUCCAUCCCCUGUUGCUGAAUUGAAACGAGAAAAAGAAGCGCACAAACGGGCCAUUGAACUGCUCGAAGAAGCCGCUACACCAAAUGGAAUAAAAGAGCACGAAACUUUAACGCAUAUUCGUGGUCGAAUGAGACACCACGAUUGCCAAGCGAAACAGGAUUUCAGAAUACAUCGCUCAAGAUCUGUCCCUGAUUUUCGAUCGAUUCACAAUCGUUUAAAAGAACAACUCGAGUCGGCCAAGCGUAAACCGACAACCAUCCCGAGCCCCUUUAGAUUGUCCGAAUCGAAGACGAGAAGACAUAAAGCUUGUUCAUCUCGUUCUCCAUCCACUCAUCUCACUCCUCAACCCGUGCCUGCAUUCGGUGAUCCGCCAAUCGUUCGCCCCACUAAAGCUGAGAAACUGCGAAGAAGUGCCGUCAAAGAAAGAAUGCACAAACAAUAUCGAAUCAAGAACGAGUCUCGCGAGUUCUGGGAGUCGAGAAAAGAGGGAUUAGAGGAAAGCAGGAGAAGAUUAGCCACUUCGUUGGGGGAAAAAUCGAUCAUCGACUUUGACACAAAAACCGAGCAGAGAAGACGAGCACAAACGGAAACUGGAAAUGAGUACGAGAGGCAACUUGAAGAAAUGCGCAUUCGUGUCCUUGCCCGUCCAUUGAUCAUUGAACAACAAGAGGCUCUCAUUCAGAAACACGCAAUGCAACGAAAAUUCCUUCAACGAAUUUCUGACUUUAAAAAGGAGCAAAUUAGAAAAGCGAGGAGUGGGCGAAAAAAGGAUUCUCCGAAAAUCAACGCCUCUCGGCACUCCUCAAACGCGACUUUUCUCGUUGAGCAAGAGGAAAAUGAAAAAGAAAUCAUCGAAAAAGAUUCCCUUGAUCGUGACUCAUCGACAAAACAGGUUCUCGAAAAGGAUCAAAGAGAAAUAUUGGUGGAAGACCGGGUUGUUGAGGGGAGAGAAGAGGUGAACCUGUCCCUUCAACAACAAGUUGCUCUUGAU